CAUCUGUCACUUUGCUGCAACACAUCAGUAAUCGAAAUCAGAUGUUUUUCUACUUAUAAUCUUAAGUACUGUGUUCGAGUGUGUUUAAGUUCCUUUUUCGUGUUAAUUAAAAAAAAUCGCCAGAAUGUCACUGCUAUCAGCAAUGAAUCGUUUCUAUCCAAUCCGUUUGAUAGAUAUCCGAUACGCAAGUCAUUGCAAACAAAUUGUUGCCCAAUCAUUGAUGCUAUCAACUGGCGACCUUCAAUCUGAUCAUCCAAAGACAACAGUACGAUGGGCAUCUACACACAAUCCGACACCAUCGACAAACAUUCAGCCGGUGUUUGCAAAUGCUCUGACCUAUGGCAAUAAAAUCGCCAUCAAAGAUGAGUUUGGCGAGUAUUCCUAUGAGCAGAUAUUUACUGGGGCUGCAAAGAUAUCGACAGAAAUUGCGAAAAUAUGUGGCAGUGCAAGUCAAUGUAAAAUAGCGUUUCUCUGUCCGAACUCAGCGUUAUACACUUUGGUACAAUGGGCAUGCUGGAUGUCUGGACACAUCGCGGUUCCGUUGAGUAACAAACACACAUCAGCGAUGCAGGACUACUUCAUAAAGGACACCAAUGCAACGGUGAUCGUAACAACUCCAGAAAACGAGGCGCUACUGAGGCCCAUAGCCACGUCAAACAAAUGCCCAAUGUUAAUCUACAAUCACGACUACGCCACAGUAGCUGUAAAGUCUGAAGUCACUACACCAAUGGACAGUAACUUCAACAGUGACACAACAGCCAUGAUUCUGUACACAUCAGGCACCACAGGACUACCGAAGGGAACAGCCAUUUCACACAAAGCUUUACACGCUCAAAUACAGAGUUUAGUGCACGCCUGGAAAUUGACCGAAAAAGAUAAUCUGCUGCACGUUCUACCGCUGAAUCAUGUCCAUGGUAUUGUAAACGCGUUGAUGUGUCCACUCCACGUUGGCGCUACAAUUGAAAUGCAUCCGAAAUUUGAGAGAGGAGCAGUUUGGUGUUCAAUUUUAAACGUAAGCAGACCCUCGAAGAAUCAGAUCACCGUGUUCAUGGCCGUGCCGACCAUUUAUUCGUUCCUGAUCAGCGAAUACGACAAACUUGUGAGCAAGAAACAUCGCAUGGUCGACUACAUUCGCAAUCAUUGCACUGAAAGACUUCGACUGAUGGUCAGUGGUUCGGCGCCACUCCCAUCGAGUGUAUUCGAAAAAUGGCACCGAAUCUCCGGCCACAAAUUGCUGGAACGGUAUGGAAUGACGGAAAUCGGUAUGGCUUUGAGUAAUCCGUACAUCGUUGACAAAAUUCGCGAUCGAAUUCCUGGAAAAGUGGGCUCACCGCUGCCCGGUGUGGAGGUGAAAUUAGUCAGUAAAGGCAAAACGGUGUUACGCGCGAAAGGUGAAUAUGGAAAGGGGUUUUGGAGCGAUGAAAGUCUUCCAGUUUAUAAGAGUUCGGAUGUGAGCAGUGAUACCGUCGCUGUUGGUGAACUGUAUGUUCGCGGUGCGAACGUUUUCACCGAGUACAUAAACCGUAAAUCGGAUACGGAAGCAUCAUUUUCGACGGGCGGAUGGUUCAAAACCGGUGACGAGGCACAGUAUGAGAAUGGAAGCUUUAAAAUCCUAGGACGUACCAGUGUCGAUAUUAUUAAGACGGGAGGGUAUAAGGUCAGUGCACUUGACGUCGAAAAGCAAUUACUGGAAAAUGUUCACAUUAAAGAUGUGUGUGUCGUUGGUGUCGCGGACCUGGUGUGGGGUCAGAAAAUUGCAGCACUUGUCGUUAGUGAUAAGUUCAAAGAUGAUGGUAAUCGGACCGAUUUGGACGAACUGAAGGAGUGGUGCGAUCAAAAUAUGACUUCGUAUGAGAUUCCGGCGGUUUUUAAAUUUGUACCAGAAGUUCCCCGGAACAGUCUCGGGAAAGUGAACAAAAAGGAAGUUCUGAAGACUUUCUUUGCGGAUGCACCGACUGCAUAAUCUGUUUUUUAUUCUGGAACGGAAUAAACGUUUUGCCUUGUUAACGAA